AUGAGUUCAAGCAAUAAUAAGAUCGGAGCUGGUGGCAAGGCCAACCAAUCUAAUCCUUCGUCAAUCACCUCAAGCAAUCCUUCCCUUCUCCUUGGUAAAUUCAAUGAGCGACGCUCAACGCCAGAUUCGGAGGCUUUGGCAAGCUCCGAUGAUGAACCCGACCGACAAGACACCCAACAGCCAGUUAACCCACCCCAAAAGCCUCCCACGCGCCGAGCCUCAUGGUUGAACGACACCACUCAGUCUGGAACGCAGCCGAGAAAGGGCUCGUUCGCAAGCAGCAGUAUGUCUCCAACAGCCUCACACCCCAGUACUCCCUCGGCCGACUCCAACGCUUGGGGUCCUCAUGCCCAAGUAGCUGCAGGACGUGGACAUACGAGCUCGAGCUCGUUCCCAUGGGGUAGUGGCAUUUGGAACAGCGAGUCACGUAAGGAGCCACCCUCGAGACUGACCGAAGUUCUACCAUCGCCAACAUCUUUGCACCCACCGGGUUCCGCUGGCAAUGGAUACUUUCCUACCGAAAUGAUGGGUCAACGAGAUCCUUCUGUAAACCCCACCAUUCCCUUUUCAAUUCCUUUACAUCCCACUCCAAAGACGUACCGAUCUCAGUCAUACUCAGUUGGUCAGCUCGAUCCAGAUACUAGUGCUGGCCCACCAGCCGCAGCUGUUCCAGCUGCAUCAGGCCGUGGACGUGGCAUAGGACAUUCCGGAUUGCAGCAUCGACCAUCGCGACCAAGUAUGCUGAGCGAGAUGACCGAGGGCGGUCUCGGAAAGGUCAAGGAAGUUGACGAUGACGACGAUGAGAGUACUAACAGUUCUUCUCAUGGCACUCAAGUUCAAUCCCAAGAAUCCAAGACUAUUGAAUUGUUAGCUAGAGAGAAUGCUAUGUUACGCCAACAGCAAAAUUAUCAAAACUUACGCCUUCGACCUCGAUCUUCAACGUCCAAUGCUUUCAGUCUUGGUAAUGGUUAUGGCUUGCAAGAAGAGUCUUUGCCCGAAGAGUCUGAUUAUGCAAUUGACGAACUUGAUGAACUCAACGAUUUACAAGAUCCAUCCAAAGCAAUGUUAGGACGGAGAAUGAGUGAGUAUGGUAUUGGUGGUGCACAGCGAGUCUCGCCCUACACUCUUGAGAACAGGAACCUGGAGAAUGUUAAAAGGGCUUUUUGGCAAAGCUCUCUCGGAUUCGGCGGGCUUUCCGAUAUCCCGCAGAGCAGGCGUCACUCUUUCGCUGAUAUACCUGCUCGACAAGGUUCUGUUAGCUCUAUUGCUGGUGGCGAGCCAUUGUCACAACUCGAAAGCAAUAUCCAAGAGAGUCUGUCACCAAAUUCGGGUCGGUAUAACGAAGGCAGUGGAUAUUCUACAAACGAUCAUGCAUCUUCAUACUUUGGAAAUUAUGCUCCUCAACCAGGUCGCAAUGCCGAUACUUUCACGCCUUCGGCCUUUAACCCUUCUCCAUAUCCUUAUGGAAACGCCAAUCAAUACCCUGGUGGCCGCCCCUCUUCACCUCACCGGAGCAUGUAUGGCGUUCCACAACCUCGACAUAACCAACUGCUCUACAUUGUCUUGUUCAAAUGUUCGCGAGCAGAUGUCUUCUACGUUCAAGAAGGCACUGGUCUCUCUGUCAAACCUGGAGAUCUCGUGAUUGUCGAGGCUGAUCGAGGAACAGAUUUAGGCACCGUCGCCAAGGACAACGUGGACUGGGCUACUGCGAAAGAACUCAAAGAGCAUUAUGCCGAAGAACACUACAAAUGGCUCAUGAUGUAUUCUCAGGGUGCUGUAGGCAACACUGAUGGAACAGGUGCCGGUUUAAUGGCUACUACCAAUGGUAUGCAAGGAAGUGCCGUCGGCGGCAUGGGUCCACCAAGCCAGCAUGGCAUGCAAGAACCUAAUCCAGGAGAGAUCAAGCCCAAGAUCAUCAAGCGGCUUGCUCAGAACCAUGAAAUACAGGCUUUGCGCGACAAGGAAGGAAACGAAGCAAAGGCAAAGCGUGUUUGUACGCAGAAAGUGAAGGAACACGGUCUACAUAUGGAGAUAUUGGAUGCCGAAUUCCAAAUGGAUUGGAAGAAGCUCACAUUCUAUUAUUUUGCCGAUGCCUAUAUCAACUUCAAUUCUCUUGUCACCGAUUUGUUUAAAGUAUACAAGACAAGAAUUUGGAUGUCGGCGAUCAAUCCCGCUUCCUUCGCAAGUCCUUCUCUUGGCUUGCAAGCACCAAGCGGCAUUGGACCUGGAGCUGUGGGUGUUAACAGAACCACCCAAAGAAGAGGCUAUCAAGGCGUUUUCGCCCAGCCAUUCCAGCCGACGUUGGACAGAAAUUCAGCAGCUGCCCCUGGUUUCCAGCAUCAAGGUUACACUUAUGGAUAUUCUCCUUUUGGAUCUACCAGGAAUGUUGGUACUGCAAGCGCGUAUGUUCCUUCGAUGAUGGACCCUUAUACUGCCUUUCCAAACACGACCGACUACCAGGCGCCUGGUCGAUUCCCUUCUCCUCAUGGCACUACCCCUACUCAUGAUGGUAGCGAAUACGGUCGACAAGGUGGCCUUGUCGGUCAAUCUGAUGGUUGGAUUGGAGCUUUCCAAGGCUUGUCUAUGGGAACUCGUUGA